CGUCACAGUGCCAGUAUUACACAAGUGCCUUGGUGUCACCGUGUAAGUAUUACACAAGUGCCUUGGUAUCACCAAGUAAGUAUUACACAAGUGCCUUGGUGUCACCAUGCCAGUAUUACACAAGCGCCUUGGUGUCACUGUGUCAGUAUUACACAAGUGCCUUGGUGUCACCAAGUAAGUAUUACACAAGUGCCUUGGUGUCACCAUGUAAGUAUUACACAAGUGCCUUGGUGUCACCAAGUAAGUAUUACACAAGUGCCUUGGUGUCACUGUGUCAGUAUUACACAAGUGCCUUGGUGUCACCAAGUAAGUAUUACACAAGUGCCUUGGUGUCACCAUGCCAGUAUUACACAAGCGCCUUGGUGUCACUGUGUCAGUAUUACACAAGUGCCUUGGUGUCACCAAGUAAGUAUUACACAAGUGCCUUGGUGUCACCAUGCCAGUAUUACACAAGCGCCUUGAUGUCACAGUGCCAGUAUUACACAAGUGCCUUGGUGUCACUGUGUCAGUAUUACACAAGUGCCUUGGUAUCACCAAGUAAGUAUUACACAAGUGCCUUGGUGUCACCAUGUAAGUAUUACACAAGUGCCUUGGUAUCACCAAGUAAGUAUUACACAAGUGCCUUGGUGUCACCAUGCCAGUAUUACACAGGUGCCUUGGUGUCACCAUGCCAGUAUUACACAAGUGCCUUGGUGUCACCAUGUAAGUAUUACACAAGUGCCUUGGUAUCACCAAGUAAGUAUUACACAAGUGCCUUGGUGUCACCAUGCCAGUAUUACACAAGCGCCUUGGUGUCACCAUGCCAGUAUUACACAAGCGCCUUGGUGUCACCAUGCCAGUAUUACACAAGCGCCUUGGUGUCACUGUGUCAGUAUUACACAAGUGCCUUGGUGUCACUGUGUCAGUAUUACACAAGUGUCUUGGUGUCACCGUGUCAGUAUUACACAAGUGCCUUGGUAUCACUGUGUCAGUAUUACACAAGUGCCUUGGUGUCACUGUGUCUGUAUAACACAAGUGUCUUGGUGUCACCGUGUCAGUAUUACACAAGUGCCUUGGUAUCACUGUGUCAGUAUUACACAAGUGCCUUGGUGUCACUGUGUAAGUAUUACACAAGUGCCUUGGUGUCACUGUGUCAGUAUUACACAUGUGCCUUGGUAUCACCGUAUCAGUAUUACACAAGUGCCUUGGUAUCACUGUCUCAGUAUUACACAAGUGCCUUGGUGUCACUGUGUAAGUAUUACACAAGUGCCUUGGUGUCACUGUGUCAGUAUUACACAAGUGCCUUGGUGUCACUGUGACAGUAUAACACAAGUGUCUUGGUGUCACUGUGUAAGUAUUACACAAGUGCCUUGGUGUCACUGUGUAAGUAUUACACAGUGCCUUGGUGUCACCGUGCCAGUAUUACACAAGUGCCUUGGUGUCACUGUACCAGUAUUACACAAGUGCCUUGGUGUCACUGUGUAAUUAUUACACAAGUGCCUUGGUAUCACUGUGUAAGUAUUACACAAGUGCCUUGGUGUCACUGUGUAAGUAUUACACAAGUGCCUUGGUGUCACUGUGUCAGUAUUACACACGUGCCUUGGUGUCACUGUGUAAGUAUUACACAAGUGCCUUGGUAUCACUGUGUAAGUAUUACAUAAGUGCCUUGGUAUCACCGUGCCAGUAUUACACAAGUGCCUUGGUGUCACCGUGCCAGUAUUACACAAGUGCCUUGAUGUCACAGUGUCAGUAUUACACAAGUGGCAGAGUCAGUAUUACACAAGUGGCAGAGUGUCAGUAUUACACAAGUGCCUUGGUGUCACUGUGUCAGUAUUACACAAGUGGCAGAGUGUCAGUAUUAUACAAGUGCCUUGGUUUCACAGUGUCAGUAUUACACAAGUGCCUUGGUGUCACUGUGUCAGUAUUACACAAGUGCCUUGGUGUCACUGUGCCAGUAUUACACAAGUGUCUUUGUGUCACGGUAAGUAUUACACAAGUGCCUUGGUGUCACUGUGUCAGUAUUACACAAGUGCCUUGGUGUCACCAUGCCAGUAUUACACAAGUGCCUUGGUGUCACAGUGCCAGUAUUACACAAGUGCCUUGGUGUCACUGUGCCAGUAUUACACAAGUGUCUUUGUGUCACUGUAAGUAUUACACAAGUGCCUUGGUGUCACUGUGUCAGUAUUACACAAGUGCCUUGAUGUCAGUGUCAGUAUUACACAAGUGCCUUGGUGUCACUGUGUAAGUAUUACACAAGUGCCUUGGUAUCACAGUGCCAGUAUUACACAAGUGCCUUGGUGUCACUGUGCCAGUAUUACACAAGUGUCUUUGUGUCACUGUAAGUAUUACACAAGUGCCUUGGUGUCACUGUGUCAGUAUUACACAAGUGCCUUGAUGUCAGUGUCAGUAUUACACAAGUGCCUUGGUGUCACUGUGUCAGUAUUACACAAGUGCCUUGGUGUCACUGUGUCAGUAUUACACAAGUGCCUUGGUGUCACAGUGCCAGUAUUACACAAGUGCCUUGGUGUCA